AGAAGACUGCAAAAUGCCAUGUGGAUACUGUAAAGAUGGAGAAAUAUGUAAUAGCAUAAAUGGAAGUUGCGCACAUGGAUGCGCAGAAGGAUAUUCUGGAGAAAAAUGUGAUAGUAGCUGUAAUGAAAAGACAUAUGACGAAGACUGUAAAAUUCCUUGUGGUUCCUGUAAAGACGGUCAAGCAUGUAACCACAUAAACGGAAAAUGUACAGAUGGGUGUGCGGAGGGCUGGUUUGGAGAAAAAUGUGACAAUGCUUGUAAGUCUGGAUUCUAUGGCGCUGACUGCAUUGGCAUAUGCAGCUCUAACUGUUUACAUGCGGGUCUAUGUGACAGAUUUACUGGACAUUGCACUGGUGGAUGUAAAACAGGAUAUCAGAGAGAUACUUGUACAUCAAGUUGUGAUUUCGGGACAUAUGGCUACAAUUGCAAAUUAUCAUGUGGUUCAUGUAAAUACGGACAAACAUGCAAUCAUAUCACCGGAGUUUGCACAAAUGGUUGCAAAGAUGGAUGGGUAGGAGAGAAAUGUGAAAUGCCUCAGGCUGGAGAGGCUGCAGAGGCUGCAGCUUUAGCAACUACAGACAGUGAAGACUCAAAGAUUCUUAAAGGAGUGGUCGCCUUUCUUGUAUUUUUACACAUGGUUUGGCUUGCAGCGUACUGCUACAGAAGACACCGACAUAAAGUUAGAAACGUUGAAAGUCCAAAACAGGAACCGGGGAGAGAAUUCUGGAUAGAAACAGCAUCUGGAACGGAAACAGGAGGUGGAUCGGGAUUAGAACAGGAAUCGGAAAUAGUAGCUGGGGCAAGAACCGAUCUCCAAACGGGAACAGGAAGUAAUUUAGGGAUAGAACUUAAUUUAGAGACAGGAAAUGGGUUAGAAACAGAACAUGGGACUGCAGAUGCUUUAGGUGCAGAACUCGAAACAGGGACAGGAAAUGUGGAAGGAACAGAAAACAGAGCGAAAAAAGAAAAGGGGACAGGGACAGAAAUCAAAAGGGAAAUAGCAAGCAACACUGUAAUAGAACUCGAAACGGACACAAGAAACGAGGUGGUGACAGAACCCGAAACGGAAUCAGGAAGCAAGGUGGAAAUGCAACUCAAAUUCGAGGAAAAGGACAGGUCAGGUGUACAACGCAAAUUGAAGACAGUUGAAGGAGUAGGAACAGCUUUCAAAGCAAAGACAGAUGACAGGACACGGGCACACCUUGGCGAAAACGACAUAUGCACAAUGAACGAAACAGAGGUGGGGAAUAGGAUAGCUACAAGCCUGGAAAAGAAGGCCUUUAUUGGUGCAGAAACAGAAUUCAAAAAAGAGGUAGGGGACGGGCCAGGAACAUCACGCAAAAUGAAUAUAGGAAAACCGGAGGGGACAGAAUUUAAAAGAAAGACGUCAAAUGAGGAUAGGACAAACCUCGGAACGAAGACAGGAAACGAGAAACCGAUAGACUUCAAUACGGAGGCAGAGAACACAGCAGAAGCAGAACUUAAAUCAGAGACAGGAUGCAAGAUACAAAUAGAUCUUAAAAUAGACGCGGGGUUCAUGGCAGUGAUAAGAAACGAAACAAACACGGGGAAGGGGUUAGGGACUGAAAUCCCAACGAAGGCAGUAAACUAUGCACGGACAGAAAAUGAGACAGGAAAAGACCUCAAUAAGCAUAUAGAAAUCGAAGUUGAAUCAGGAAGUGGAACAGGAAAUAUGACAGAACUCGAUACAGUUAUAGAAAACGAUGCAGGAUCCCGAAGUGCAACAGGAACGAGAAACGAGUCAAGGACAGAAUCCCAUACAGUUAUAGAAAACGAUGCAGGAUCAGGAAGUGCAACAGAUACGAGAAACAAGUCAAGAACAGAACCCCAUACAGUUAUAGAAAACGAUGCAGGAUCAGGUAGUGUAACAGGAACGAGAAACGAGUCAAGGACAGAACCCCUAACGGUUAUAGAAAACGAUACAGGAUCAGGAAGUGCAACAGAUACGAGAAGCAAGUCAAGGACAGAACCCCAUACAGUUAUAGAAAACGAUGCAGGAUCAGGUAGUGCAACAGGAACGAGAAACGAGUCAAGGACAGAACACCAUACAGUUAUAGAAAACGAUUUAGGAUCAGGAAGUGCAGCAGAGACGAGAAGCAAGUCAAGGACAGAACCCCAUACAGUUAUAGAAAAUGAUGUAGGAUCAGGAAGUGCAACAGAUACGAGAAACAAGUCAAGGACAGAACCCCAUACGGUUAUAGAAAACGAUUUAGGAUCAGGAAGUGUAACUGAGACGAGAGGCAAGUCAAAGACAGAACCCCAUACAGUUAUAGAAAACGAUUCAGGAUCAGGAAAUGCAACAGAGACGAGAAACAAGUCAAGGACAGAACCCCAUACAGUUAUAGAAAACGAUUCAGGAUCAGGAAGUGCAACAGGGGCGAAAAAGUCAAGGACAGAACCCUAUAUGGUUAUAGAAAACGAUGCAGAAUCAGGAAGUGCAACAGAGACGAGAAACGAAUCAAGGACUGAACCCCAUACGGUGAUAGAAAACGAUUCAGGAUCAGGAAGUGCAACAGAGACGAGAAACAAGUCAAGGACAGAACCCCAUACGGUUAUAGAAAACGAUUCAGAAUCAGUAAGUGCAACAGAGACGAGAAACAAGUCAAGGACAGAACCCCAUACAGUUAUAGAAAACGAUUCAGGAUCAGAAAGUGCAACAGGGACGAGAAAUGAGUCAAGGACAGAACCCCAUACGGUUAUAGAUAACGAUGCAGGAUCAGGAAGUGCAACUGGGACGAGAAACGAGUCAAGGACAGAACCCCAUACGGUUAUAGGUAACGAUGCAGGUUCAGGAAGUGCAACAGGGGCGAGAAACGAAUCAGGGACAGAACCCCUUACGGUUAUAGAUAACGAUGCAGGAAGCGGAACAGGGACGGGCAACGUGACAGGAACAGAAGUCGUUACGGACAAGAGAAGCGAGACUGGAACCGGGAGAAGAGCAGGGGGCGGAACAGGAACAGGCAAGGUGACAGGAACAGAAGUCGUUACGGACAUGAGAAGCGAGACCGGAACCGGGAGAAGAGCAGGGGCUGGAACAGGGACGGGAAAUGUGACAGGAACAGAAGUCGUUACGGACAUGAGAAGCGAGUCCGGAACCGGGGGAAGAGCAGGGGCUGGAACAGGACUCCGAACAGAUGCAGAAAACAUGACAGUGGCAGUGAAUGGAUCAGAUACAGAUAGCGGAAAUACCAGUGAAACAAGUGAUUCUCUCGGUUCUCCAUUAGUCUUAGUCGGAGCCAUCGCUGGAUUCUCAAUAAAUGGAGCCAUUGCAGUCACACUAACAGCACUUGGAGUUGUUCUAAGUAUGAUGUACAUCUACAAAAGGCGACAUGGGCGUAGGCGUUAAUAACCAAAAUGGAAACACUUGGGAGAUGCAUAUCAUAUGGAGUACCCUCAGCUUGACAGUAAACAUGUUCCAGACAGAGAUCGUACAGAUGGCCGUAAUCUGAAGAUGCAGUUUUGCAAUUUUAUGGCAUGUUCUGGAAUAUGAAUUAAAUGGUAUAUCUAUCAA